UGGUUCCUCAUUGCUAGCUGCGUGUGCGAAAACGGGCGAUGAGUCUUGGAUAUGUCAUGUGGGCCUCCGCAUAUGAGUGGUUCGCGCAAUUGUUCCGACCAAAGGAAGACAAGGAACGUUCAGGACAACCAGAACAAGAUCCAGAUGUCGUUCACAACCGCGAUAGCCGUGCUGAAUCACCAAGUCGAUCUGAAACGAGCUCGAAGUUGGCCCUUGGCGAUGGGAUGUUGCGGGAUUGGCGGUGGUCCAGGAUGUUGCGGAUUCGCCAUGGGUCUCUGUUGUGCGCAACGGGUCUUCGCUGAACRUUUUGGAUGGGUGGCUUCGCCACUGUUGGCAGUGCGUGCGACACGGGCGAUUCCUGUUGGAGAUCGUGCGCAUGUCGACUCGUGCGUGAUUCACGGAGCAGGUGGUGAUGUAGAAGACGACUUGCACAACCAACUGCAUUGCGAUAUCCUAAGUAGACUGGGGGAAGACAACCCGCAAGCCAGGGUCCAAGAAAGUGGACCAACAAACGAGAUUGAGGACGCCAAGACGCGACGGCGAUGCGACUUUCUCUACGCGUCAGAUGCGGUCGCCGGAGGCAGCCCCGCAUCCAUCAGCGUGGCCAGGCAUGUUCAGGAGCUGACACGUGGACAUGGAUCUCGCCGCCAAGGUUUUCUUGGGGAGUCGACGCCACGUGGAGGCGGAGUUGGCGAACAGUUGCAACAGGGCUCACAAUCGACGACUCCUCGUCGUCUGGUCGAAAGGAUCGGUGCGUUCGUUCGUGGCAUGCAGGUGGCCGAGGUUUCGCCUGACGAUCGCGCUCGUGGUUCGCAGGUUCGAGAGGUGCGUGGGUCAGAUGAGACGACUCGUUGGGACCAACCUGCGCCUGCACAACUGCAGACGGAGUUGAGCCAGGAACGAGAAGCAAGUGGGAAAGUCGCCGGUGAGGAUGAGGUGUUCGAACAGGGGGUGUUCAGUGAGAGAUCGCCUGAAAAGACUCAGUCGGGAGGCAAGCGCAACUUGGCAGAUGAGGAAGAGCGAGAGGGAAAAGCAGAUGAGGGAGACGGCGGGGAGGGGGAUGACGACGUGGAGAUUAACCUCAACGCCUUUAACCUCGACAAUGCGUUCUUCCUCGAGUUGAAGACAGGGGUGCAGAGGGACGUCGUGUUCCAGAACCAUCUCGAAAGAAUAUUGGCUAUUCCAGACUGGGAAGAUGCGUACAACCACCGAUCCUUGGACGGGUUCCUCGUUGAUACCAUCGCGUCGGCUAUGAUCGACUGCUAUGAACGUAAAGACAUGAGAUACACGAAGCCCAUUUUCGUUCUCGCUCCCAUCGUCGCGCCUCCAGAGAGGGGCGAGCCUGCUGUGCGCGUGCUGCCUGGUGACUUCGACAGCUCACAGCCCAAGAAAUACUGGUAUUAUCCUGUGUGUGGACAACAUAAGGCGAGGGCGGCGAUGAAGGUGAAAGACCAUCCCGUGUUCGAGUACUACAACUUUUGUAAAUGGUCGUUCAGACCGAUCUACUUCCCUGACGACAAGUUCGACGGCUACGCCCAUGUCAGCUGCGAAGACAACAUGAAAGACAAGAAGAAUCCACCGCGCUUGCAGGUUUUGUCUAUGCGGGACAUUUAUCACUCCGUCUUCGCUUUGGGGGAGAAGUUCUAUGAUGAGUGGUCGAAAGGGAAACUCCUUGCUUCCAACGACCGGCGUUGGAUUGAAAAGCCGCCCACCCAUGAGGAGGUGGCCAAGCCAGGACUCUCCACUGUGACAGACAGCCAGGGGAUGAAGAAACACGUCUGGUACGUGAAGGUGGACGACCCGUCGUUGAAAAAGGGCAAGGGGAAACCAAAGAAAGCCGCCGAGGAGAAAACUUACUACGUCCAAGUUCCUGAGCCGGAUGUCCACUGCUGGAAGGAAUUGGUGGACUUGACGGACCGCGAGAAGAAAAGGCUGCUGAACAGCGGCUUGAACCUUAACGUCGUGUGGGUUCAAACGAGUAGCAAGAACUUGGCCGAGCAAGGGAAGUUCGUUGUGAAGGAGAUGAUCGACAUAAUAAAAAUGGACCAGAUUAUGCUGAGGCUGUGGCACUACAUGGAGUUCGAGUACGAGGAAAUGGAUAAGCGGGAGUGGAAUGCCAACUCCACGUUCUUCAGGUCCAAGUGCCAGCUGUUCGAAGAGUUCAAGGACAAAGGUCUCGACGACAAGCUUUGGAACGAGAACAGGAAAUUUUUCACGGACACGGCGUACGUCAAGAAGUGCCCUCAGUUUCUCGGGUGUCAACACGACAACAACAUCAAGAGAACGGCGACCCUCGUUAACGACCAGCAUUUCCCGGCGGAGUGGAAGCGUGUCGUCCUUUCGGUGAUCACUGGAGAUCGCGCCAAAGGCAAAAAAAACCCUCGAGACGUUGAUGAAUGCAUCAACAUUUUGUGGACGAGGACAAACGCCUUGACGACGCUGGCCCAGUUUAACGUCGACCCAUUGAGUGUCAUAGAUCAUAAGGAGGCGCUGGAAAAACUAGGGCAUCAGCUACGCUCCCACACUUGCGUGCUCGACUUGUGCGGAACUGUGGACCGUGCGCAAUGAGACUCUGGGGCAUUCGAGUCUCUGAGUGAGUUGCUGGGCUUCGUUUGUCAGGACUAC